CAAAUAGUGCAUUGUAAAUAACUCGCGUUUUAUCAGGAGUUGACAGCUCUCUCUCUCUCUCUUUUACUCCUCUCGCUCUCUCUCUUUAUCUUGCGCUCAUCUCGCUCUAUCAUCUGGCUGUUCCCGUUAGUUGAACAGGCAGCAUCGCAGGUGCGUUUCAGUUGAGAUUCGCGUGCGAACACACAAACAGCCAAAAUAAAGAAAGGAAAAUGCAACGCUGCAUAAUUAGCGCGCAUUAGUGAAAACGCGAGAGAAAACAACAACAUUAAUAAAAGAAAACUCAGCCAGAAAAUACUCACAUCAGUUUUCAGUGUGCGCUUUCCAAUUGAAAAUGGUUAUCGAUUCACCGCACGCAGCAAACAAAUAUUUGCGUCGCAUCUCGCGUGAUUUCUCCACAGUGCGUCGCUUCAGUAAUACGCCGGCUGUUACCCCAGCCACGCCCCCGCCCACGACAGCUCCAUCCGUGGAUGGAGACGAACCAUUGCCCAGUACGCCGCGUGGCAUUCGUAAGCGGCAACGUUUGCGUAAACGCUCCUCCGUCUCGUCAACGCUGUCGAAAGUUUUGAUACUCAACGUGCGUGAUUUGCUCAGAGCGCAGGCGGAUACUGAACCAACAGCGGAGCAUCAGCCACGCAGUUGGAUCGAGACAAACUUUCAGAAACGCGAAUGCAUCAAAUUUAUACCAUGCCCAAAGGACGAUACAAAAUGCUGCUGCGGCCAGGCACAGAUUACGCAUCAGACGAUUGCCGGCAUCGAGAGCGGCUCGCCGGGCGACCUCUGGCUGCCCACCAAGCAUACACGCCCACAGCCCACCGAUGCAUAUGGUACAAUUGAAUUUCAAGGUGGAGCACAUCCCACCAAGGCGCAGUAUGUACGGCUGUCAUUUGAUACACGACCGGAGCUGCUGGUGCAGUUAUUCACCAAGGAAUGGAAUCUGGAAUUGCCAAAACUUUUGAUCACCGUGCAGGGCGGCAAAGCCAACUUUGAUUUGCAGGCAAAGCUCAAAAAGGAAAUACGCAAAGGACUAUUAAAGGCGGCCAAAACUACGGGAGCUUGGAUUUUCACGGGCGGCACCAAUACAGGCGUCACUAAGCAAGUGGGCGACGCUUUGCUGCUGGAGGGGCAGCAGAGAACAGGACGCGUGGUCAGCAUCGGCAUUGCGCCCUGGGGCAUUGUGGAGCGCAAUCAUGAGCUGUUGGGUCACAAUCGUGAGGUGCCCUGCCACAGCAUUAGCUCGCCAAGAUCAAAAUUGGCUGUGCUGAACAAUCGACAUGCGUAUUUUCUGCUCGUGGACAAUGGCACCCAGGCCAAAUAUGGAGCUGAAUUGAUUUUGCGACGCAAACUGGAGAAAUUCAUUUCGAAUUUAAAGCUGCAUCCAUUCACACAUUCCAGUACGCCGGUUGUCUGUCUGGUGAUUGAGGGCGGAACGAACACAAUACGUGCUGUCCUCGAAUACGUGACGGAUUCGCCUCCUGUUCCUGUUGUCGUUUGCGAUGGUUCCGGCCGUGCAGCCGAUCUGUUGGCCUUUGUGCACAAGUAUGCAUCAGAUGGCGAGGAGCAGCCCGUGUUGGAAUCUAUGCGUGAUUAUCUCAUUGGCACCAUACAAAAAACCUUUGAAGUAGGCUUGGAUCAGGCUGAGAAACUUUACCAGGAGCUGCUGCAGUGCACGCGCAACAAGAAUUUGAUUACCGUCUUUCGCAUACAGGAAAAGCCCGAGGGCGAGGCACAGGAGCUGGAUCAGACCAUUUUAACAGCUCUAUUCAAAUCACAGCAUCUCAGUCCCCCAGAGCAAUUGAGUCUUGCAUUGACAUGGAAUCGUGUGGACAUAGCGCGCAGUGAAAUAUUUGUCUAUGGACAGGAGUGGCCCAAUGGCGCUCUGGAUGAGGCCAUGAUGCAGGCACUCGAACAUGAUAGAAUCGAUUUUGUCAAAUUACUCUUGGAAAAUGGCGUCUCGAUGAAGAAAUUUUUAACAAUACCCCGACUCGAGGAGCUCUACAACACAAAACAUGGUCCGGCCAAUACCUUGGGCUACAUAUUGCGCGAUGUGCGCCCGCAUAUACCCAAAGGCUACAUUUACACGCUUCACGACAUUGGCCUUGUCAUCAAUAAACUAAUGGGCGGCGCCUAUCGAUCGUAUUAUACGCGUCGCAAAUUUCGGCCCAUCUAUGCGAAGGUGAUGAACAGCUAUGCAAAUGCCUGCCGCAAGUCCUCGUCAUAUCAAUAUCAACGCUAUGCUGGGGCCAAUUCGCUGAGCCUCGUUACAGGACUGCUGCCAUUUACCACCGAAAUGGCACUCUUCGAGUUUCCAUUCAACGAGCUGCUGAUUUGGGCCGUGCUCACGAAGCGUCAGCAAAUGGCUUUGCUUAUGUGGACCCAUGGCGAGGAGGCGCUGGCCAAGUCUUUGGUCGCCUGCAAGCUAUACAAGGCCAUGGCUCAUGAAGCGGCCGAGGAUGAUUUGGACACGGAAAUUUAUGAGGAGCUGCGCUCCUAUGCCAAAGAGUUUGAGAGCAAAGGCAACAAACUGUUGGACUUUAGCUAUCGCCAGGAUGCGGAGAAGGCGCAGCGUUUGCUUACCUGCGAACUGCACUCGUGGUCCAAUCAAAGCUGCCUCUCGCUGGCCGUUGCUGCCAAUCAUCGCGCUCUGCUCGCCCAUCCCUGCAGCCAGGUGAUUCUGGCGGAUCUCUGGAUGGGCGGAUUGCGUACGCGAAAAAAUACAAAUUUUAAGGUGAUUCUGGGCUUGAUCAUGCCCUUCUAUAUCAGGCAAUUGGACUUCAAAUCCAAGGAGGAGCUGCAGCAAAUGCCGCAGACCGAGGAGGAGCACUUGGAGAAUCAGAAUUUGGAUAAUGAUGAUUCCGAUCGUUCGCAGCCGGAUGCUGAGGCUCUAUUGGCGGAUACUUAUUCGGUGCGCGAUACAAAAGUACACGAAAAUGGCAAAGUCUCGCUAACAGACUCGGAUCCAUCGCAAUUCCGCGAAUUCUUUCACCUAUCUGAGUUCACCAACGAGAUUAAGCAGCAUCAACCGCUGCGUCUGAAGAAAAAGUUCUACGAGUUCUAUACGGCACCCAUUACCAAAUUCUGGGCUGAUUCGAUUGCGUACAUGUUCUUUCUGAUAAUGUUCUCAUUUACGGUGCUAGUCAAAAUGGGUCCGAUGCCGCGCUGGCAGGAAUGGUAUUCGAUAGCUUAUAUAACGACAUUGGGAUUUGAGAAGGUGCGCGAAAUCGUUUCAUCCGAGCCGGUGGCCAUUACGCAUAAAUUCUCGGUGUGGGCGUGGAACAUGUGGAAUCCGUGCGAUGGCGCAGCCAUAAUACUCUUCCUCAUCGGCCUGGCCUUUCGCUUUCGCCCCAACACGAUGGACAUUGGGCGAGUCAUUUACUGCGUGGACAGCAUCUACUGGUAUUUGCGCAUAUUGAACAUUCUUGGCGUCAACAAGUAUUUGGGUCCUUUGGUCACCAUGAUGGGCAAAAUGGUUAAGAAUAUGAUAUAUUUUGUUGUGCUAUUGGCUGUGGUCCUCAUGAGCUUUGGCGUCAGUCGCCAGGCAAUACUCUAUCCCAACAAUGAGCCCACUUGGCGGCUGAUUAGAGAGGUCACCUAUCAGCCGUACUUCAUGUUGUACGGCGAGGUCUUUGCCGAUGACAUUGAUCCGCCCUGCGGCGAGGAUCCGCGUCAGCCCGCCUGCGUUACAGGUCAUUGGGUAACGCCUAUAACAAUGUCCAUGUAUCUAUUGAUUGCCAAUAUAUUGCUAAUCAAUCUGCUCAUAGCCGUCUUCAAUAAUAUAUUCAACGAAGUCAAUUCGGUUUCACAUCAGGUGUGGAUGUUUCAGAGAUUCACAGUGGUCAUGGAGUAUCAACAGAAGCCGGUGCUGCCGCCGCCUUUUAUCGCCUUCUGCCAUUUCUAUUCGCUGCUCAAGUAUUGCGUGCGUAAAGCGAAAGGAUUGGAGGUGCAGCGGGACAAUGGUCUCAAGCUGUUUCUCGAAAAGGACGAUCUGGAGCGACUUUACGACUUUGAGGAGGAGUGCGUCGAGGGCUUCUUCCAUGAGCAGGAAAUCAUAUUGAAUCAGUCGACCGACGAGCGCGUCAAGAACACAACGGAGCGCGUCGAGACCAUGUCACAGAAAAUCGAGGACAUCAAUCAAAAGGAGAACAUACAAACGGCUACAGUACAGAACAUUGAAUUCCGUUUGCGCAAAAUGGAGGAAUCAUCGGAGCAGAUAUUGUCGCACCUGGGCGUCAUACAUCGCUUCAUGUCCGCACAUACCACCGGCAAUGAGGAGCUGCUGCGCGGCUCUGUGAUGAACAUUCCAGGUGAGAUGCAUCGCAUGCGCACCAUCUCAAUGUCCGACAAUGAGGGCAGUGGAGGAGCUGGAGGCGGAGGCGGAGGCGGAGGCAGCGGCGGAGGAGGCGGAGGUGGAGGUGGGGGAGGAGCUGCUGGAAUUGCUGCGUCAUUGGGCCUGGGCGCCGCACUCACUUUAAAUUCACUACAGGUGAACAAUCGACGGCGCUUUAAUCGCUCGCUGACCGAAGUGCGACCGGAUGCGUACAUCUUGGAUGAGGGCACACACUUUGAGGUGGUGCCGCUGCCCGAGGAACCCGACGAAGUGGCCAAGUCCCGCGAGGCGCUCAACGAGCAGAUGGUGCGCAAAGCCUCCAUGCAAUCGGAGGCUGACUCCGAUAUUUAUUUACCCCUGUCGCAACGUCCAUCCACCUGUGACACGGUCAAGCGGACGCCGUACGUUACCGUGCGUCAGGAUACGGGCGCCAGCACCGAGAGCAAGGAUACCCUCACACCCAUGGGCAACAACGACGAUGAUCAGACUCUCGUAGGUGGCGACAAUUCCGACGAUGCAGCGCCGGACAUGACAUUCGAGGCUGCCAGACAUCGCGCUCUGCGUCAGCGCACCGUCUCGCUCUGUCGCCGCAAUUCGGAGACGUAUUCCCUAGCUGGCGCCGACAUCAAUCGCUCGCACAUCAGCCUCAAUCAGUUGACAACGCUCUCGCGUCGCCAGAUGAGUCUCACGCACUCCGAGCCGGAUAGCGAUAAGGAUGUGCCUCCAGUGCCACAGUCGGGUAAAUCAGUAUUGCAUGCGAAACCCUCCAGAAAUAUAUUGCUGAAACUGCACAGUGAAUAUACAUCCAUAACGGACGAGCUGGAGAGCGUUUGCCAUUUGAUUGCCUCGCCGACCGUCUCGCUGCAGAGCAACAAAGCUUCUCUGGAUCGUCCCAAGACUGAGAUGUCGCGUGCAGAGGCUGCUGCUUUGCAGGAGAAGAAACACUUGAAGGAGUGCGAGGAGAAUGACUACAGAAUAUUGGAGGGUCUCUUUGAGGCACGUGGCUCCAUCGAUGCCAGUGUGCCAUCCUAUGAGAUUGGCGUCUCUGUGGACUAUAGUCAUCGCUAUCCGCUGCGCCGGGAGACAGCCAUUGAGCUGUCGCCCUCCAAGCCAGCGGCUGAGGGAGGCGCCAUUGGCGCCGUCAUUGCGGGCGAUAGCAGCGACACGAGCGGUGCGGCGAGCAGCGGAUUUCAGCUGAAACACGAACGUCCCUGGCAGCGCAACUCGUCCAUGGAACAGCAGAGUUAUCAGUCGCCGCUGGUGCCGACGCGUGCCACAAGCGAUUUCCUAAAUCCACCCUACGACAGCAGCGGGCGGCUGUUCAAGAAGUCCAGCGAGAGCUUGCAAAAGAAUUCCAGCACAGACACGGACUACUCGGCGCAUCCGUAUCGCUUCAUCAAGCAGAGCUCCAAUGAGACAAAUACCUCUUUGACCGGCUCCUACAAUGUGGACACGCCUUCGCUGACCGCGGAGCCCAGUUUGGAUGCCGGCGAUUCGCAUUCGGCAACGGGCAUUAGCGUGAGCGUUGGCGCUGCUGGCGGCGCUGCGCAGGCGCGUUAUCAACCCAAGCGUACGGCGUCCGUUGGCGCUGCCGAUGGCAGACGUCUAAGGGACGACAGUUCCAGCUCGCUAGAUCUGACGCAGGCAGCGCCAGCAUUGCCAACGCGUCCCAUGCAGUUGAAGAAACAGUUUAGCAUGGACCAGGGCAAGCCCUUGUCUGCGCAAGCAAGCGCCGAGGCGAGCAGCAUAGAGGCAACAUCAACGGCUGCCGCUGCUGGUGCUGGUGCUGCUGCAGCUGCUCCGGUUGCUGCCAAACUGAUUUCAACGCUGAAGCCACCCUAUACCAGCAAGCUGGGCAUGAAUGUGCUCAAGGAGAGUAGCUCCAGCACCGAAGAGUCACGCGAUGGCGAACCCGUCUCGGCGACCACCUCCUCUUCGGCCAAGAGCAGCAGCACAGGCCUGGCCAUACCACAGAUAAGCACGCACCUGGUGCAGGACGAGAUAGCAAAACUCUCCUCCAAUAUCAAGAGCAGCACUGAGUCAGAAAAGGAUCCGCCAUAUAACGAAACAAUGUGUUAACUAACUGUACAUAUAUAUAUAUAAACAAUAUCUAUCUGUAAGCAAUAGAGCAAAGUAUCUGUAUCUGUCUGUUAGUCUAUCUGUAUCUGUUAGUGAGUGAAAGCGGGCGGCAUGAAGUGCGAAGAGGAUUCGCCAUUUAGCGAAACAAUGUGUUAACUAGCUGUAUAUAUAUAUAUAUAUCCAUACAUCUAUCUAUCUGUAAGCAAAGUAUCUGUAUCUGUGUCUUUAAAAGUAUCUUUAUCUAUAUGUCUGUUAGUAAUUGAAUCCACCUUGUGCUCAAUAAGCGUUGCUAGUCAACGAUUACCAACAAAAUUUUGAAGAGUAAUACAAACUAUAUAUACUUAGAUAUAUAUAUAACUGAUAGAUAGAGCGCAUAUCAAGCUUAUAUAUAUAUAUACAGAAAUUCACACUUGUCCAGGUGGAAUGCAGAAGCAAAUUUCAAUGAUUUUUGACAAUACAUAACACACAGAUUCUCUGUAUUUUUAUAUCAAAUGUAUUUAUUUACACAGUUGUCAGUUUUUAUUGUUGUUAAUUAAUGUACAAAAGAAGAAGAAGAAGAAGAAGAUAGGAAAGUGAGGAACUGGAAUAGCAAAUCAAAAUGCAUGCAUUUCACAUACAACUCAAGCGCAUAUUAUAUAUGUAUAACUGUUUUAUCUGUUUAUAAACUCUAUCUAACUGUUAUUUAACUAAAAUCGAAAAGAAACUAAAAAUACGAUUAGCUAUAGUUCCAAAAGCAUAUGAAAUGUCACCUGCAAUUUCACAUAUCCAAACAAACAACAUACCUACGAAACUUAUCUAAGAAGCAAACGCUAAACUCUAUAAAAAGAGAUAUAUAAACACUUAAAGCAACUUGUUGUACUUAUGCAUUGCCUAUAUAUAUGUUAUAUAUAUAUACAUCUAUAUAUCUCUACUGUUAUCUCC